ACCCUCAACAUGUCGUAUACUUGCAAAGCUCUAAUAAAAGAUUAUUGUGCAAACUGCACUUUUGCUGGAAUCCGUUUUAUAGCCGAUGAUACAAAACAUUGGACCGAAAGAUGCAUUUGGGUAGUGUUUGUGUUCCUAGGAUGGUACGGCUCCGCCGUCCUAAUUAUUGCAGCUUGGAAUGACUUCGUCCUUAAUCCUAUCAGCUUCGGUCUAGAUACUGUAUAUACUGACUGGAACACAAAAAUGCCAGCUGUGGCAAUUUGCGAAUUUUCUAAUGAUGAACGUAUUUAUGAAGUCGCUGAUAAAAUCUGGUCUACCGAUCAUCUUCUAGAUUUAGAGGACGCCUUAAGAGACAUUGCUUACUUCCGAGGAUAUUGCUUCAAUCUUGUUGAUUUUUGUUAUAAUACGAAGAAACCAGAACCUAAAUGUCCGAUGUCUAAUUACAGUUAUUACGCAAAUUUGGUUCGCAGCGACUGUCACAGAAUUAUACAAAAUUGCUCCUAUAAUAACGUACCAUUUGAUUGCUGUGAAUAUUUUCUGUUAAUGCCGACUGACAUAGGAACAUGUUAUGUGGUUAACUCGAUUCAAACAGAAAAAUCAAAUUCGUAUCCAAUGAUUUGUAACAAUACAGUAAAAAGGGGAUCAAUCAAGUUCGAUGUAUUGUUAACAUCUAUGUUGUAUACACUGGGAGAAGAUGAAAUUCCCAGUGUUACCUCACUACGGGCUACUACAUUAAAAAUCCAACUUGGACGUAAAUACAGACGUCUCGUUGCUGUAAACAACAUUCAGAAUGAUCCGCUAGUGGCGGAUACGACAACUCAACAGCGGGCAUGCCGGUUCUACUCUGAGAAUGAAGGCGGAAUGUACCCUCACUACUCGUACAGUGCAUGUAUAACGCAAUGUCGAAAACAAGCACAGCUCAAGCUGUGUGGUUGCCACGACCACUUUAUUAUUGCCACAUCGGAGGCACACUACUGCAACAUUUCAGGCAUGGCUUGCCUCCACGCUCAUGUCGAUAGCCUUAUCAAUAUCAAACCACCGUGGAGUAAAAGACCAGGACAGGUUUGCCAAUGCCUACCUUCUUGUGAUGAAACAGAAGUUACAGUUAUUAAAGACAGAUCUGUCUCAGAACGUUUAUUCAAGAAGAAAAAAUCAGAAGUUGAGAUUGUUCUAGCACAUAUACCCGCAGAGAGGUUCAAGCGUAAUGUCGUAAGGAGUCGCUUAGACCUAGUUGUGUCUGUUGGCGGUACCACUGGAUUAUUUGUUGGAGCCAGUCUAAUAAGCUUUAUCGAGUUAAUUUUCUAUUUUACCGUUAGAUUUAUAAGUAACAUUUUAAUGGACAAACGUAAUCAAAAAAGAAAUGUUGUUUUGUCUAUACAAGGAAGAAAAAAAUACAAAAGGAUUAAUUUGGGAAUAGAACAGAAACAAACUCAAGGACCAUAUGUCAACAGCGGAGUACUGAAUUCUACACUUAUCGUUUAUGAUAGCAUAUAUGAAAAGAUAAACAAAAGACACCAUUAAAUUUAAAUAAAUAUU